GGAAGCAAAAUUAACUUGUGGUAGAUGCCAUACUGCAUAUUAUUGUGACAGAAAUUGUCAAAUAAAAGAUUGGCCUGAACAUAAGAAAAAUUGUAAACCAAAUGGAAAAGGAGAACAAAGUAAUGUCGAAAAAACUGCUAAAGAAGUUGAAGAAAAUGUUGAUGAAGGAGGAAUUCAAGUUGGAUGCAGUAAUUGGUUUGGUUUAUCGUGAUGAUUUUAGUAAGGAUGGAUCAAAGUUAAAUCCUUGGGUAGAAAAAAUAAAAGAAAAUUUAAAAGGGCAUGAAUGGAAAGGGCCUAUCGUUGCUAUUAAACGCCAAAUUAGAACGGAAAACGUUUUGGAUAUUGAACCGAGCGAUUUUACUGAUAUUGUAGAUUUCCUUGUAGAUUAUACAAAGAAAACAUCUCCAAUGUAUUAA